AGGGCAUACGAGACGCCGGAAGCGGCAAGGUGACGAAGAGGGCGAAAGCCGUGGACCCAGACGCCGAGGAUAGUCGCGACAACGAGGACUAUUACUACGAGGACGUGGAUGAGAGGAACAAUCCGACGAACGAGGCACCAGCCGUGCCACCUGGAUUCCUCAGUCCGUCUGUGAGAGAGUACCUCGAUCUCGGUAAAUCGAUACCCG